AUUUUUUGGAGAGAGAACGUCAUCUCCCUCAUCAUCUCCGAUAUACUCGUCAAUACUUAUUAGAACACUUGGACCCCUCACAACUCUUUGCACAAGAGUCCAAUUUGCAGAACGAGUUUAAUAUAUUCCUCACACGAAACUUGGUUACAUUUAUGCACCUGGCAUCAUAUGAUGAACUUGGCAUGAGAUUCCUUGAUGGAUUUGAGGAAUUCAAGAAUUGUGAUUCAUUCAAACUUUUGAGAGAAGCUCAAGAAAAGGAAUCAGUGUCGUAUCUGAAUAUUACUUCCACAGCACCAUGGGACCUCCAUCGAUCGACCCUUCCUUUCACCCCAUCCUCAUCACCUUUUCACGAACUGUAUAGCCACCUCUCCGAUCCAGUUCGGAUCUUCACUACUUCCGGCAAGUUUUCCGGGCACAGAAUCCCAUUAAGUGAGAAUUUACUCAAUGCUCGAAUGGUCAUGGAGGCGAAGCAACCUAAUUUGCCAAAGAAGGCUAAUAAUAACAGUCAGGUUGUUGAGGUUGAUUACGGUGCCCAAUUCAAUGACCCUGAUGUUCGUAACGGUAUUGUGACAUGUGCAGCACUCUCCCUUGAUGGUUGUCAUAUAGCUCUCGGUUUUGGUAGUGGUGUCAUCGAGCUUGCCGAUAUCGACCUUCAACGCACGAUUUCCCGACUCCGCCUCGAUCCACCCAACCACCCAGUCUGGAUUGAAUUUGUUCAUGGUAGACACCGAGUUGCUGCCGAGGACAAUGAGGGGAACGUCACCAUCCUUAGCCACGAUAUGGCCUUUGUUAAUCUUGGUACUCUUCCCAACAAUCCUGCUGUAACUCGAGUAUCAGAUAACGGAUUGUUUAUCAUCCGAGUCCCAUGGAACACUGAUAACUCGUGGUAUGACAACAUGACUCUCAUAUCUAUUCUGGACAAUCCGCACAUGCAGCUCCUCGCUUCUCCUCCUUCCCAAGCAGAUGAUUCUCCUCGCCACGACACGCUUGCUAUUCCUCACCGUCGCACGCUCAGGUUUUCUCCAGGAGCACGUUAUAUCGGGGCUUUCGAUGGCCUCAGCGCCUUCACCUGGUCGACAGACUCGGGUGAGCUCAUUGCACAUUAUCGUGUGACGGAUUUCAAGUUUUGGAUUAUGAAUCCCACUGUUCCCCCUGCCUGCGCUUAUCGCAUCCCCAAUCCUAUAUCCACUCAACCCACCCUUUCCUUGACAGAAGGUGGCACAGCAGAUAUACAUCAUUCCGAAACAGAUGCGGAGCAUAACUUGGACGAGUCCUGGAUUAACAAGGAGGAAGAGGAGGAGGAGAUGUGGCAUAGGUCUGACAUCCAUUCAACUGCUGCAGGAAGAACCCCGUUGUUUGGAACCAUGUACUUCAAUGGCAAAUUAGAACUCGUUAUUCCCAAGGAGUAUCGACCAAUUAUUUCUUCUGGUGCCGAAGGUCUAGGUGCUUGGUAUGGUGAUCAAGUGCCCCCUCGGUCCAGCAAAGAUGGGACUCGAAUCCUUCUCCAAGGCAAGCAGACAGCUCCGAUUGUUGUUGAUCUUAGCCAAGUCAUUUAGGAUGUU